AUGAGAAGCGAGAAUGAAGAUAUUGUCUUUUAUCCUGUCAAGGUUAGAGUGAAUAGAGAAAGUUGGAGAUUAAACCUCUUUUGUGGUAUUUUUAUAUACACAUUUAUAUACAUAAGUACAGGAGCCUAAGAAGGAAAGGGGAAAAUUUAUAGAAAAUGUGGAGAUUACAGGGAUUAUAUUAUCCUCUCUUAAUGCAUCAAUGUCUUCAGUCAAGCAUUGCGAACCCUGCUGCAGAUGUGAAACAUGGGACCUGGCACAUUAUUGUGCUGCUAUGUCCUUUGUUGAUUAUGGAAACAUAAGAGUGGUCGCAAUUGAUUUUCUCGUAAUGUGUUACAUCACGUUGUGUAUUAUGGCCUGACACUUAAAUUUGUGUUUUUAAUUACCUGAGGUUUUUUUGGCUUGGUAGGUAAUCUGGAGGUGGGGGUAUUGCCAUAUAUCGCAAUUGAGAAUUUUGCCUAUAUAUUAUAUAUUUGAUAAUCUCUUUAAAUAUUCUAUGCAUUUUCCUUGCUCCUUGUCAGACUCUCUUCUUGGAUUUUUCAUAAGGAUGUCUUUCUUUCUAAUACUCUUCUUAAUGGCUUUUGUUUUUUGAUAUGACCAUCAUAAUGUCACUGAUAUUAUAUUUGGUAAAGUUGGGACGAAGGACUCAUAUAUCUCAGCUGCCAUUGCUGCCUGAUGGUUCCCUGUCUGGAGCACUUGGUGAAUAUCUGCACUCAGUUAAUACGCUGCGUGAAUGCUGGCUUAAGGCACAGAGUCUUCUUUUACUUAAUGAACAGGUGCUUUUCUUUCCUUCUUGUGAAGCCAUAAAAUCCAUUGCUUUUGAAUUUGGUCUUCUCUUUUCUCAGUUCUUGAAUGAAUAUUGACAGUGUGAUUCGUGGUAAAAAUCCGAAUAGGAUUGGACUCGAAAUUUCUUUUUUAUGGGCUUUCUGUAAUUACGUUCCUCGUCUGGCCUACAGUGGCCUGUGUCCACCUAAGUCCUAAUUUCCACUGAAUAUAUUUUCAAAUGGAAUCAACCACAGGCAGCCAGUGCAGCUUUGAUUGGCUGACUCUGAGGUCAGCCUAUUAAAGGUCAUUGGCUUCACGCUUGAGUUUAAAGAACAAUCAUCUCGUCUUUGCCCACUGCAGUUAUAUCCUUUUCAGUAAUAAAUGCUUAGUCCGUGGCAGAAGACGUCACUUCACAGUCACCAGUCUGAGUUUUUCUAAUCUUUGUAUGCCAUUCAUUCUUGAGUUAGUGUAAUUGAGAAAUUCAUAGAAAAUUUCGUUCGUUUCCUGGUUUUUGUGGAAAUGAUGACCUAGUCUGAGUCUUUUUGCUAUUUUGUUACAUGAAGGACUAACCUUGGGAAUUCUGCAGGAAAAAAUUGUCAAAGUGAUCCUGUUCAUAUUGUCUGCGGAACCAGAUAUCUCAUCUCCUUUCCUCAUUAUUUCAGAUGGUGCUUCUAUAUUUUUAUGGGAGUCUGAGUUUAGGCGUCUGGCCCCAUCGAUUAAUGCUUUAGUUUAUUGUGGAAGCAAAGAUGCUCGUAAGAUCAUCAGAAAUUUUGAGUUUUAUGGAGAAGAUGGUUGUAUAAAGUUUCAAGUUCUUCUGUCUCUUCCUGAUGCCAUUGUUGAGGUAGCUUUUGUUUUCUUCCCUGUUGGUUGAUCUAUCUGUGGUGUUUAAUUAAAUGCUGUUGAUGUUGUGGAUGACCUGAUGGUGGAUUUCCGAUAUCAGAUUGUUGAGAAAAACCUAUCUGGGUUUUUAAUAAUUAGUUUUAUAGAACUUCAAAUUUUGAAAUCAUCAAAAUGUGACAUUUUACUGGGCUAUCAGAAGGCUUACUAAAGAAUGGCCUGUUAAUCAAUUUCAGAAGAUACCUCCAAUCUGUUUAUCUUGGUUGUCUUUUCAUGUGAUGCAUAUUUGAGGUUUAGAAUAUGAUGCAGACUUGCUCAUCCUCCCGUUCACGAUUAACAGCUGUCGACAGAAAUUCGUUCAUGUAAAUAAAUGGAUUGGUCCAAAAAUAUGAUUUAACAAUACUUUGAAAUGCUCGUUCUUACAUUUUACCCAUUUCUGCAUUGGUGAUGUAAAAGGAGGGGAAAGCACAAGAAUACAGACGACAGGAAAGUGCUGUUCUAUGUAUGGUAAUUAAUGCUUGAAAAGUUGGCGAUAAUGCAGGUUAUGCAGACCCGAAGUGUACAUUUAGCAAUGGACCUGAAUGAGAUUGUCAGGUUCAUCUCGAUAGACCGAUCAACGAAGGGGAAUUCGUUUGGAAUCGUGAAGUGCAUUCUUGAGUUCAUGUCUUCCUACAUUGUGUAGAUACAACAACCGUAGUGUCAAAUAGAAGUGGCACUUGUAAUAGAAGCUCUUCCCAGAUGUGAAAGGUAGGUGGGAGAAAGUGAGUGGGGGGAAUGUGGUUGUCAAUGGACAAUAAUUCAGUUUUUUUUGUUUUUUCUUUGGGUUUAACUUUUCUUGCUCUUCUGGGGGUGCUUGUGAAGAAAAUCUAGGGUUUGAGCUUUUGGAAUGAACUAGCUUGAUUUGACUCGCAUAAAGUUACAUGGAACUUGUGAAAUAUGACUAUUGGUAUCGCAAGAAGCUUGUCAUCCAGUGACAUUUGCAUGUGUUUGUUUGAUCAAGGGUUGGAUCCCAUAUCAUGGGAGUCUAGGUCUCCAUAAAACAUUCUCGUACCUUUAACUACGCACUCGACCCCUUCCACUAUCCUGUACCGUUUGCUUCACCUGUAAUGUUCCUUGGUUCAACCUUAUGUCUCACCCACUUCCACCCUGUGGAAUUAUCACCUGUUUACAUCUAGGUGCGUCUUUUAUGGUAAUUGCCUUAAUUAUUUUUUGUCUAGGUUGACAGUGCCAUUGUUGUUUGAAUUGUUAAAUUAUAUUUCUUGUUGACUUUGUUCGUGACACAACAAGAGCAGUAAAUUUUACUGUCCUAUUUGUGAUAUUCUCUAGGACUAUGAUGCUCUGGAUUUUUUUGGCUGGGAGGCAUUGAUAGUUGACGAUUGUCAACGUUUUAGAGUAUCCAAGCAUUUGGACCACCUCAAUAGACUCUCCUCUGAUUUUCGGCUUCUUCUGUUGGAUGGUCAAUUAGAGGUACCUUUUUCAAACUCAUUUUGUCUUCCAUUGUUUCUUUUGACUUCCAAAUAACUCUUGCUUGCCUGUGGCAUUUUUUAGGAUAAUAUCGGUACAUACCUAAGUUUUCUAUCCUUCCUCGAUUCUGGAAGAAAUCAGUGCUCUGUUGAUGGUGCUGGUGAUAGUUUCAAUUGCGGCUUAACGGAACUUGCUUUUGUGAAAGAGAGAUUAUUGAAAUUUUCAACUUAUGAUGUCAAGGUCGAGAACUCGAAAUAUUUGGAGUACUGGGUUCCUGUUGAGCUUUCUACUGUACAACUAGAGCAGUACUGCGCCAAUCUUAUUUCACACUCCUUAUCUCUUCGAUCAUUGUCCAAAACUGAUCAUGUUGGGGCCCUUAGUGAUGCCCUUAUAUCUCAACACAAGGUUAGCUGGCUAAUUUCUCAUUCUGUAUUUUCUGUAGAUAAUAUGCCCAUGUGGUGUUGCUAAUCUGCGUAAUUGUCAAACAUAAAUUCAGGCCUACCGGUUUUAAUUAUUGCCAUCUUCCGUUUCAGUGUUGUGAUCAUCCCUACCUAGUGGAUGACUUCUUGCAAGCUAGGUUGACGAAGGACCUCCCAGCAGCUGACUAUUUGGACGUCGGAGUAAAGGCAAGUGGCAAGCUACAUCUUCUAGAUAGGAUUCUUCAAGAGAUGAAGAACCGAAGUCAUAGAGUAGUUGUCCUUUUUCAGGUAGGCAAAACCACUCAUCUAUUCUUGAUAUACUUCGAAGUUUUAAGCUAUGCUUAAAAUCGAUUCUUGUAUUUAAUGGUCCUUGACCACUCAGUGUUUCAGUUGCCUUUCCUUUGUUUGCUCCAGUCAAUUGUGAAAACGGAUAUAUGAUUGCCUACGUUUUCAUCUUUGAAAAUGCUCUGAAUACUAUUUUGAUGAUUCUGUUUUUAUUAAAUCUCUCUAGUGUUCGUAGGACCUAACUGAAGUUUCUUCAUAUUUUCUCGUAAUUUAUGAGAAUAGAAGUAUGAGUUCUGAUUUUCAUCAGCCAGUAAAGGAUCGCUUUUUCUUUUUCUCGUUAAAUUUAACCAACCUGUGUAUAAUAUGCUGGUUCCACUUUCUGAGCUAAUUGCUGUGCUUUGUAAAAGUAGUUUAUGAAUGAUGACUACGAAAUUUAUUAAGGAGUUAUUCUAUUGUUUUUUAUGCAACAGCUGGUGGGAAGGGAUGGAAUGUGUUCCAUUGGAGAUAUAUUGGAUGAUUUUCUUCGUCAAAGAUUUGGAGCAGAUUCCUAUGAACGUGUUGAUAGUGGAUUGUCCCCGUCAAAGAAACAGACUUCUUUGAAACUGUUUAAUAACAAAGAGAAUGGAAGAUUUGUUUUCUUAAUUGAAAAUCGUGCUUGCCUUCCCAGCAUUCGCCUGUCAUCUGUUGAUGCUGUGAUUAUUUUCAGCAGUGACUGGAACCCCGCAAGUGACCUAAGAGCACUUCAGAGGAUAAGCAUUGAUUCUAAUUUUGGACGUGUGAAAAUUUUUCGCUUAUAUUCUGCGUUUACCGUUGAGGAGAAGGCUUUAAUUCUUGCAAAGCAAGAUACAGCUCUUGAUAGCAAUAUUCGAAAUAUCAGCUGUGGAGUUAGUCGGUCAUUACUCAGUUGGGGUGCGUCCCACAUAUUCAGUAAGCUUGACGAGUUUCACGUAAGUGAGAGCCCGGUGAUUUGUUCAGUUAGUUUCUUCGAAAAGCCAAUCUUGGAUGAAGUGGUAGAAGAACUGUUAACACAUUUGUCCCAGAACAGUGGAGAGCAGACCACAGCCAGUUGUUCCAUAAUUUCAAAAUGUCAGCAUAAUGGAGCACGAUACUCAAGGGAAGUAGUGCUUCUUGGUGAGAAGGAAUUUCCAUGUCUCAGUGAAGAGCCUCCUCACAUUUUCUGGUCAGAAUUAUUGAAUGGAAGGAAUCCUAGGUGGGUAUAUAGAACUGAGAAAUCUCUGAGGGAUCGGAGGAGGCCUGUGUGUUAUGAUUCUUUGCCACAGCAUCCUGGGUCUGAUAACGAUGAAACAAGGAAGAAAUGUAGGAAGGUAGCAAGUAGCAAUGGUGUUGCUGAAAUGCCAGAUGAAAAAGUAUUUACCGUGAAAUCACAAUCUUCCAGUUCACAGAAUGAAACAAUGUGCGCUCCAGUUGACCUUGCAAUGGGACCAGGUACUGUCUGAACAGAUUAUUUGGUUGUUAUUCUUUGAUUUCUUUAUUUUUUGUUCUCAGACAUUGGCCGUUAUUCUGAAAUAUCAGGAGCCCCGAAAGAUAAAGUUCCUACUAGACAUUGUUUGCCAAGUUCUUCAGCUUCCAAAAAUAAUGCGUGCUGUGCUAUGGACAUAUCUCUUUUGUCCGAUACCUUCCCAGGAGGAACUGAAAGUGCUACUUUUGAAUCUGAAGAGAAGACAAUGUCAUGUCAUUUGCAAAGGAACCUCCAUCUUUUAUUGAAGCCGGAGUUAGCGCAGCUAUGUGAAACGCUGCAACUUUCGGUACCCAUUUUCCGCUUUGUUGACUAUUUUUAUUUUCAUUUGUGUGCAAAUAAAAUAUAACCGUCCACAAUUUCGAAAAAUAUAGGCAUGUGCUUCCCAUUUUCCAUGGCAUUCAAAUUGUGGGCUAAUUCGAGAUUUCAACCCAGCUUAUGCUCGAGUGUCUGUGAAAUGGAAUUUUUUUCUGAAGUUCAUGCCUAUGGACACCGCAAUGAUGUAUUCGAUGAGAUAACCAUGUUGGUCAUCUGGGACACGAUAAUCUUUUAGAUGUGGACCUUUGGUUUGUGCGAAUUGGAAAAGUUGCAUACAUUGAGACAUUUUUUUAAUUUUUUUGUGUUCUACUUUUCUCAGAAACUGCUUAGACUUUAGAUUCAUAGUACUGGGCUGCCAACAACCGAAGGUUAUGAAAUCUUAGUAUUACUAAUAUUUCGUUGUUUGUGCCCUCGGUGCAGUCUGGCAUUAGCAGCGUGGCUCAGAUGUUCCUCAAGUACAUAAUAGACAACCAUCGCGUCAGUCAAGAGCCGGAGACAAUAUUGCAAGCAUUUAAGAUAUCCUUGGUAACUAUGUUACUUUUUUCCGAUCUGCUUUCUUUUAUAACAGCUGGACCUGUUCUUGAUAUAGCAUGUAACAUAAUAACGCUCCUUGAGGUAGCAUAGUUUCACACAGUUAUGUUUUUCACAGUAACUCAGGAUCUAUCCUCUUGUGUUUGCCUUCUCGACGAGCUAGUCCUAAAGUACAAAAUCUCAUUGCAUUCUUUGUUUUCGUGAUUUGAGUUGUAGGAAAGUGGAAUAUUCUCUGUCAAAAAUUCAAACUCUCAAUGACGCCAGUAGGACGCAUCUCCUUGAAGUAGCAUCGUUGAGGUGAAAGCUUUGGCUUUGUACCGAAGCUUUCAGAUAAAAGUGAUAAAUUCUCAGAAAACUGCAAACUCCAGUUUAGAAAGCAAUACUAAUACAGAAUGUAGGCCAUCCUGUUUGUAAUUCACUUCCUAAAUUUAAUCCUGUUGUUUUUCGUAGAAACCAUCUUCACUCAUCUCAUUUUAGGCAACCUAGUUUUUUCCCAUCUGUUGUCACCCUUCGACACGUUGUGUACUGCUCUUUAAUGUAUUCGUUGAAAAUGCCUUAUCCGCAAUUCUUUGUGUAUUAUUGUUUCACAACUUACACAAUAAUUUUUCAUGCGUAUGUUUUUUAUUGACUAAUAUAGCAUAAUGCUAUGGUGUGAUCGUUUCUUCAGAUACGAUGGACAUCUUAAUGCAUUUUCAUUGUACAGUGUUGGCGAGCAGCAUCCACCAUGAAACAAAAGUUGGAUCACAGUACAUCGCUUCUUCUUGCCAGAAAAUACUUGAACUUUCAGUGUACGGAGGAAGAGGCCGAGUCUGUUUACCAGAAGCUGCGAAUAUUGAAGAAAAAAACUUUGCUUAAAAACUAUUUGAGUCGCAAAAUAGAUGAACUGAAAUCUUACCCUGAAAGAAAUGCCACAACACCUAGAAAAGAGAUGGAAAAUGAACAUUCGCACAAAAAGGACCCAGCAUCAGUAGUAUGUGACCAAGGAGAACUGAAAGAAGGUGAAAUUUGUGACUUCGACUGUUCUCAAAAGCAGAUAUCACUACUGCAGGAUCAGAUACCUGUUUCUGUGGUCCCUCCAGUGGGAUCUCACUUGCCUGCAAGUUUAUUAAAGGAUGAGAUUCGAAGUAAAAGAAUUAGCCUCAUUGAGAAAACGAGCUCAAAGAGGGCAGAUAAACUUCGUGAAAAACAUGAAUUAGAGGUAGAAGAGUUCGACAAUUUUAUGAAACUUGAAGGAACGAAGCAUAAAAAAGCUUACGAGUUGGAAUUAGCUUUGAUUCAUGCUAUGGACUUGCCCUCUGAAGUUAGAAAAGAAAAGCUGGAUUUUCUCGAACAGCAAUUCUCAAAUACAACGGAAAAGUUUGAGAAGCACAUGAAGACUCAGAGGAAGAAACUCAUGAGUAUGCAAGUUAAAGCAAAAAAUAAGGAGCAGAAGUUAAGAGAAUGUUGGCUGGCAGAAGUGAAUGCUGGUAAACUUGGAGAAUUGUUUGACAACAUUCCUUUAGACGAUACAGAUUUCACACCAGAGAAAUUCGAAAAUGUUGAUCGACCUGGAAAUUUUUCGUACCUGAGUAAUGUUCCACAUGUUUCUGGAAUGGCUAUGAAUCGUCAACGCAUUUGUCCAGUUUCGAGUGGCCAGUCAGAUAAUAAUUGUCAAGAAAACAUGUCUGGCAGUAUUCUCUUGUCAACUGUGGAAAGACAUGAUGAGGACUUGCCCAGAAUGAGAGAUGCUACUCAUGAUUUUAGUCCUAAUAAUUCAUCUAAUAAUGUGUCCAGGUCGGACGAUGGUGCUUCUAUUGAAGAGGGUUCAGUGAAUGUUACAUCUCCUGAUGUAUGUGGAAGGGAAAGUAGGAGAGAAUGUGCUAUGCCAUCCGCUUCACCUGAGAGGAAGGAAGUAGCAGCUUUCGGACAACCAUCACCAAGUUGUGGUUUCGAGAGUAAUCUCCCAUCUCAACAGGUAUGCUUUUUUAUCUGUUUGUUUUUCCAAGCUUUGCUGCUUUUUUCUAUUCAAGUACACAGUCCGUCGUUAAACAAGUUAUGUUCCAUAAACCUUAUUCAUUGUUGUUCGCUAGCUUAAACUUAUUAAAGCAAAUGCCCUAGUGGAGUGUGCAACAUUUUAAAAUGAAUACUUAUGUCAGAUCGUCUUUGUUUUAAAACUUUUUGGUUGGUUUGGACUAGCGUUUCACUGGUUGCUAUGCUUGCUCGCAAUUUCUUGCGGAUAUGAGUCUUAAUCUUAAAUACCCAACUUUGAAAGGCACCGGUUUUUGAAUCUUCACUGUCAUCAAGUUAUAUUGACACUGUUCCUAGAUCGAUAAAAAUGAAAUCUAGAUUAUUUGGUUCUGAAAAAAUAGAACGACUUAUUGGAAAAAGAAAAAUAUAAAUUUGCCUGAGAGUGAGCUGGCAUCUCCUUGUAAGUGUUAGUAUUCAGGGUUGCAUUAGCCUAGAAUCCUGGUCGGGUCCGGGUUUUCUAGACUUAUCGUGGAGAACAAAAAGCUUAGAAGAAAAAAAAUCUCCUAGCCUGGUAUUUUGCUCAGGCUGGAAGCCCUGAAGAGUGUCCAGCUUUUCCAGGUCGCUGUAUAUUUUCCUGCCACGUGUCAACCUGCUGGGCUGGCCUAUUGCCCUCCAUGCAGCCAGGUAUUGUAAUAAACGCUCUAGUGACAUCCCUACUUGGCGGUUGUAACGGCAGGGCUAAGUUCUAUAAUGUUACCAGAACCCAUAUGUCCCUAGAAUAUAUUGAUUGAUGAUAUAAAAAGAAAAUAAAAAAGGACUGAUCAUCUGUAUGACUCAAUUCGAUGUUAAAUGAGGUGUUGUUUUAUGGGCUGGUUACAGCAGAAGAAUAUCUGAACAUAUUUUGUUUCGGUCUAAGUAUUAUUGAUUUAUUUUUUGCAUCUCAAGGUACCCUGUGAUGGGGGCGGAAGGCCAUCUGUUUUGGAUGGAAUUGGAUCUGAACCGCUGACGUGUGGUACCCAGGCAGGCAUCGACGCCGCGUCACAGAGGCCUAAUCGUGUCCCUGUACAACUAGAUCCUCCAGAUGAUGACGUUGUGUUGACUGUUUCGGGUACCGAAUCAUCUGAUCAGUCUGAUGAUGUGCCUAUUCAGCAACCUAAAGUAUGUACGCCUGGAGCUACAGGAAACGGAGAUGUGCUGGGUUAUUCCGAGGCCGUUAUACUUCCCUCUACUCCUAAUUGCGUUGACCCUAGUGGUGAUUUUCAAAGUUCUUCAAGCCAUGCGCAAUCGAGAAUGCAUCAGUCUUCGGGGAACAACGUAUCUUUGCAGGCAAGCCAACCUGAUUCAUUAGGUUCAUCAGCUGAUAUUUUUCACGAACUUGAAAGUGGGCAAGGGCUGCAUGAUUCAGACGCAGGGGCACUUUCCACUUCGCGACAGUCUUCUGAAACAUUAGUCUCUCAUUCUGAUGUAGUUGCUUUACAAACUGACAUUUUGGAGAUAGCUGGCGAUGGAGAGGAGCUGAAUUCAUCCCAGCCGGCUGCUGUUGUCCUAGCAGGAUCACGUGGUUCCGUAUGCACACCAGCUGAUGUUUCCCUCGACGACUCUACACCUCUUUUGAUCCCAUCGCCAUUGCAGCAGCCGUGCAAUGGCCUGUCAUUUCAGCCACAUGUAACUGCCGAUCUGCCCUCUUGUCACGGUAAUGUUUCUCAGGCAUGCGGGUCUGGACAAGGUAGAGAUGAGCCCAUGGGUAAUGCGUGUCACCCCAUGAAUCAAUCGCAAGUUUCCGAACAACAAUCCAUGCCCUUGCAGACUAGGGAAUCAUCAGAUCCACUUGUUUCUCAAGCUGCGUUAUCUGACAGACUCGACAGUGGUCAGGGUGCAAAUUCUUCCCAAGCAGUCUCUCCACAUACCUUGCCAUCAGCUGGGUUCGAAACUAUUUCACAAGACGGUCAUGCAUCUGUUGAGCACACUACAGGGCAUGCAUCUGGGACCAUGGGAGGAGAAGGGAGGAAUUCUUGCCAGGUUACUUCAUUCCAGGUUUCUACAGAUGCCGGUUUCAGUGGCAAUGGUCAAGCAUCCGCGUCACCCCGCUACCCCCCUGGAUCUGCGGCUUCAGAGGCUGGGCAAACGACUGGUGCUGAGGCUCUCUUCCACGAGGGCGUGGGUGUACCUCAGAGAGGACUAGUGUCGGAGAAUCCUAGAGGCGUCCCAAAUGAAGCUGGCAGCCGUUUGUCAGUGACCUCUUCGAGGGUGUCCCAGGUGUCAGUCCGCGAGCUCCUGCUAAAUGAGCUGGGCAAAAUACGACGAGAGGAAGAAAAAGAAAAUGAGAUGCGAGAGAAGGAGGUCUCUCCUUACCGAUUCCUAGGCCGAAAGAGUUUUGAUGACCGUUAUUGUUUCAAUAGCUUUGAUAGUUUCUGUCGUUCUCCUUCGUGCAGAAGCAUCGACUGAAAUUGGAGCUGGAGAAAGAGCUAGACCAGGUUCGGAGGAAGUAUGAUUCGUUACUUAACGAGGUAGAGACGACGUUUACGGAAAGGAAUAAGCUGCUCAGAGAGAUCUACAACAAGGUCAACCUCAAUUGGGUGUUGGCUGAGGAAUUCCGGUCCAGGUUCACGGAAAGCAGGAUGAUCGGCGCCGGGGCUGCUGCGCAAGGUAUGAUAGUCAUUCCGUUUAGUAUUUUUUUUGCAAGCGUCUAAUUUUCCUGUUCGAGUCUUAUGGGGAAUCAGUGAAGUGAUUCAAGGACCAACUAUUGGCGAAACUCUCUUUUCUUCUUCUUUUCUAGCGAUCGGUGUUCACCUGAGAAUAUUUUAGAGGAUGGCAUCGAUUUGUCUGGAUGCUCGCGUGACAGUGCAUUGGGCCCUGCUUCAUGUUAUCUUCCUCUCUGCGCCACUGGAGAUGUGGGCGGUUUCCCGUCCCUUGAGCAUUCAGUCAGAUGGAUGACAUUCUUCGAAAGUACUCUCAGAUGAAUACCGAUCUCGAGAAGGGGGGGGGGUCAAAUUUUGAUCGUUGAUCCCUAAACAAAAUCCCGAGAUAGGAGAGAUUCGCGAUCGGAACGAGUGCGAGAGAUCCCUGAAUGGUCAUUGACGGCCCCUCCUUUCUUCCUCGUAGGCACAACGCUGAGUUCCAUGCAGCAGUUCCUUCAAGCUUCUCUGCGACAACCUGGUCUGAGGCAGACCUCCGUGUCGGCCUCCGGAGGCUCGCAUCCCGAACACCACGCGUCACCGCCUCCAGCUGUCGCUCGGUCCCAAGGCCUGGCCUCAUCCUCCUCCAUCUCCAAUAUGCCCGCCGUCCACUCUUCGCCGACGUGCGGUCCCUCUCCGGCGCUUCCUGCUCCACGCGGAAGCUUUCACGCGGGGAGUGAGCGCGCCGCUCCCGGUUCUCAUCUCCGGCCAUUCUGGGCCACCGCGACCACGCCCGCGCCGUAUCUGGCCCCCCGACCGGGAGCCUCACUGAGCCAGCAGCAGCCGCACCUCCGAGGGCGGAACCAGCGGGAAGAAAAUGCGGGUGACGUGUGGCCGGCGUUUGUCUCCCCGCCGCAGCUCUCUAUCAGCGUACCCGUCCGUGAGUGUGCCGGGGCAGUACUGCCGAGUAUCCCUCCUGGGCUGCUGAGUCUGAACCGAGGGCUGCGGCCCUUUGGGCACACGUCGACUGGCGUCGAGCAGGCGCCGCCCGCCCUCACGGCAGCUACGACCGCGCCGCCCCGGAUUAUCAGUCUACUGGAUGACGACUUGUGAACCGGUCGGAGACGGAAGAGACUACUGCGGGAACCGAAGGAACCAUCUUCGCGAUUCUGGUCCCGUCGUGUACAUGAGUUGACUUUGUAAAUAAUACAAAAAUUGGUUCUUGGUUGCUCUUAUACUGCGAUGUUCAAAUUUUGUGAAUGGGCGUGGCGGCAUUCUCUCGCCAGUCGACCCGAGCCAAUUUGGCAGUUACCAUGUCGGGUUACACGUGA